AUGACAUCUCAUCCUCCUCUCGACGCCACGACAAGAAAUAGUUCUAGCACUUCACCGAUCGAACGCCGAACGACUUCAAGCACGUAUUCGAGUUCAACCCAACGAUAUAGUAAUGACAGCAGCGAGACGGGCGAAUCUAGCACGGCGGUCAGUAAUCGAAAUAGCUUUGCGACAAGUACCUUGAACGAAGAAGGUAGUGAACAACAGGGUGGAUUGGAUGGAGGCAUAGAGGACAGAAGUAAAAAGGAUGGGAGAAGCAACCAUAGGGCCCACAACAAGAGUCGAAGUAGUGGAGGAUUUUUAUUAUCAAAUUCUCUAUUCCAUCGCAAUGCAGAGACCUUAUCUACGGCCACGGCAGAACAACAACCUCGCAAUCGGGGGGUUCUUCACGAUGUGAAAGGUAAAUCAGCGGACAAAAAACAGAGCAAGAGACAAUCACGUAAUGGUACUAUAGUAGGAAGCCCCCUAGCCUCCAAUGUGGCGAGCGCUCCCACGGCCCAGGACAUAGAAGAGGAAGAUGUAGUUGAUGAAAAUACGACGCCGCACAGUGAUCAAGGGCGAGGUGCAAAUGCGUCCGAAAAGCCUGUUACAAGCGGGCUUGAUGUUGAUUCUGCCCAGAUCGUCAAUUUGGCCCUGAAUCUUAGUGAAAGUAGAAGAAUCGCAUCGAGACGUAAUGCUUCUACACCAUUGCCCUCGAAUGCUGUAGGAUUUAGAGAUGAGAUGGCAGGAGGUAGUCUACGUCACCAUUUACAGCAGCAAAGGAGAGUGUCCAGAAACAUCUCACCGAAGCCUGACAGAAUUGAUAGGGCACUCACAAGUUCUCCACGCCUUUCAUCGGGAGUAAAAAUUGGCCCUCUGCCGAUAACUUUAGAUGCAUCCGAAACUGCCUACCAAUACCAAUUCUCUUCAUCUACAUUGGCGAGAGCAGAAAAGGCUAAAAAGGCAAUUGAGCUCAUGGCCCAAUACCGUCGAUUAUUACAAUAUGUCCCUCCAUUGAAGGCAGGAUCUGUGGAGAAGAAUCAGCACAGCAGUCCAGGCUCGACGUCUGAACAACCUCAUCGCAUAUUCGGCAGGCAAUAUAAUCCUUUGCAGUACAUCAGGAAUAGAAAAGUGCGUGCUCGAGCUCGGAUUUCCAUUGAUGGAGAAGCACAAGAAUUCGGAAACGUUCACAAGGUUUCAUGGUGGGUUGAUGAAGUUUCGAAAGCUGCUUUAAGUGACGGUUUUGUCAACGGAAAUCAUGUAGCACUACCGCCAUUCUCAAAAGCUAUAGAAGAAGGCCAUUCGCCCCAUACAUCACCUCAGUCUGCGGGGAGUAAAAAUCAAAGCGCCCUUAAAUUGGCAAGACCCAGAAUUGACUGGGCUACUAGUCCUGCAGAUAUGCUUGCAGACAUCUUCUGGAUGGAACAGGGUGACAACAAGACGCUGAUUGAAGAUCGAAAUGGGAGACCAAUAUUUUCUCGAAAUCCUGAGCCUAGGCAAUCUAUCCCACGCAAACUUGACGACUUUGACAUACUUAAAUCGCCGGAUCGCUCCCAUCACAAGAAAUCGAACUCGGCUGUCGACCUUCGUAUCGAUACUAAGCUUCCAGAGUUCAGAUCUUCUAAGGUUGAUUCAGAUAAGCAUCUGGAAAGUAAAGCCUCCAAGGUUCGGCACAAACUACAUGACGCAACCCAUGCGCAACAUGGCAGCCACAGUGUAAGCCGUGAGCGUUCCCGCUUUUUACGAUCUAGGAGUAGAUCUAGUUCCGAUUCCUCCGACAGUGAACAUAUAAAAAGGUUUUCAAAACGGAGACGUAGUGGGACGAACGAAAGUCAAGAUGAUCACGGUAAAGACAUUCUUGAAAAACAGAUGUUGGAAAUGCUUGCGAAGGAAUCUGGCGAUUUCAAUUGGAUGACACCCAACAAGCUGGAUAAACAGGCCUCCGUUCCAGCUGUAGAGACGCCAACUCUCCCUAUACUCAACAGUGGGGAGAAAUCGGAUUCCAGUAUAAGUUUGCAUCAAAGAAGGACGGACCUGAAGGGUAUCAAUAAAGAUUCUCCUAUCAAGAAAAGACACCCUUUCACAUCUACCCCAUCAGGACGACCAAGCCUCGAAGUACCGGGCGUUAGUCCUCGAAACUCUUUGGACGGCCUUGAUACUACUGCUCCCAACUCCCCACAAAUACGGGCCUCGAAGUUGUCUAAUUUUGUUCCUAGUAUUGGACUAGAUCUCUCAUCACCUCGUAGUCGCCGGUCAUCGCCAAACAGAAAACGGGCCUUAUCACGAGUGCGGUCUAAGAUUAAUCCGUUCCGUGAGCACAGCAGAGACCGCAGUGGUGAAUACGAACCAGAUAGAUCUCGUGUAUCGAUAGACUCUAUUGGUUCCAUAGAUUCAAGAAUUGAUCCUAGAGAAUACAUUCCUGAAGCUCUCAAUGGCCGUAAUCGGUCCUUGAGCCCCACGAAGAAACUCACGUCGAGAGACACAGAUGAAAGUGCAAAGUCUUUGAAGAAACAGACAAGCCUGCGGAGGGGUAAAGGUGACGAACCAUCUGGCAUCCGAGGAUUGUUCAAGGGCUCUCGUGGACCUGUUGCUAGAGUUAGCGAGUUUUUAUGGAAAAAGGAUUCGAACAAUUCUACUGCUUCAACCGAUGAAUCCGACAUGGAAGAUUUCCGCACGCCGGUGCGCGAAAACGAAAAGACACUUCUUUUGGAUAGGUAUGACUCGAGACUAGUAGAUGUGGAAGUGUCACAUGAUAAAUCGAUUCCAACUUAUCUCAAUGACAUGCCUUCAUUUAAGUCGCCUUUGGAAAAUCGCGGAAGGUCUACGAAAAGUCGUAAAGCAGAAGCAGUCAUUGAAGCAGAACCUUCGGAUGUUGAAAAUCCAUCUAGUUCAAAACUCGAACCUCCUCCAAGAAUCGAAAUAGACGGCGUUUCACCAGCAUCAUCUCCGGAAGGAGGAAACCGACACGAUUCUGAUGUCUCUGAUGAUUCAACUCGCAAGGAAGGUUACGCUCGAGGUGUUCGUAACGCGGACGCUCGGUUGAAUGCCAUACUCGGAUAUCCUGGCAGGGUCGAUACAAUGCCAGUAACUGGCUUGUCACACAUCUCAGCGAAUGACAAUAGACGCCCCUCACUUGAUAUAAAUCGUCGUUGGAGCCACUCUGAUAGCGGAGUAUCAAUUCAUCGUGGUCCCUUGACAAAACGAGACAUUGCAUACGUUAAAACACGUCUUUACUCAUCUGGCGUCAAGUCAAUGUACCUCACACGUCAAGCCGCGGAACCAGUAGACUUUCGAACUGCGCAGGGGAGUUGCUACAAAGGUAUAAUUUCUCUCACCAAUAAGUCUCUUUCUCCGGUCCCAAGAUCACAACAGCAUAUAUUAGCAGCAAACAUCAUUAGGGAUGACAUUCAACUUUCAGCACAAUUAUGGCAAAAAUCUCAAGAAAACUUCUCCAUGAAUACUAUUCAAACGCUUCUGGACGAAAUGGGAGCUCUACAUAGCCGUCUAGUUGAUAAUUUAACUCCAAUGGCAAGAAAGGCAGCGGAUGAAGCGGAUGAGGUCUCCAAAGAUCUGGUCACAAGUCAGAUAUUGGAAGUCAAUAAGUUGACGGCUAGCAUGGAUAAGAUGAUCCGAAGAAGGAGGAGAAGAUUUAGAUGGGUGAGAAGAGGAGGGUGGGUUCUGGUGGAAUGGGCGUUGGUGGGAGUAAUGUGGUAUGUUUGGUUUAUGGUUGUGUUGUGCAGAGUUGUUAUGGGGAUUGGAAGAGGUGCGGUGAGGGCUGUGAGGUGGCUAUUUUGGCUGUAA